AUUUUUACGUUAUGUUCCUCAGGAUGAGUAUUUAAAUAUCGUUUGCGUCACUUGUGGAACCAUCAGUGGUUACAAAGAGUACGAUAAGAUUAUUAUUUAUAACUAUCUGCUUAAAAGAACUAAUUUUUUUUUAUUCAGUAUUUGGUGGUUGGAGAAGCAAUAAAGGAUGAAAUCACUUCUAUUUCUUCUGCUUUUCUAUAGCUGGCAGAUUUCCUUCGCCCAAAAGUGCUCCAGUCCGCAAGUGUCAAGAAAGUUAUCAUUUAUUUAUAGAACAGUACCAUCAUCUAAAAUUGAACUGAUAGAAUGCUUCUAUACUGACGGUAACCCGAAAAAUAAUUAUUACGAUAUUACCAAGAACUGCGUUACUGCUGCCAAGACCAAAAUAUUCAUUGAUAAAUAUGGCGACGAUCAUCGUGUUAACGUAAGAGGAUCCAAAGUUACUCUUAAAACGUACUAUGCCGAUGCUGAUACGUCACAGAACGUAGUUUUUCUCAAAUCCGGAAAGAAAUGCAGGUACGAUGCUGGUUUUUGCUAUGAUUCUUCCCAAGGAAAUAACUACGCCGUAGUCUGGGCAGUCAAUCCAGUACCAAAAAUCGUUUGCCCAAAUCAACUACAGCAAAUUUUCUACGGUUACGUUGAUUAUUGGACCUUUACUACCGAAAACAGAAAAUACCUUAUUUACUCUGUUCCUCUAAAGGACGAGUCAUUUUCGUUAAGCCUAUCCAAUGCAACAGUUUGCCACGGAAAACAAGCUUGGUAUGUCGACGAACAAGGUUUCUUGGUAUCCUUUACUAGUUUGCUACCUCGUAUUACAUCCACUCCCAAUUUGGACCGAAAGCUCUUUCCGCCUUUCAAGUCUAAAGGAGAUAUUAGUGACAGUAUUAUUAGGGACUGCACUCUUAAAUCCUACAACUUAAACUUUGAUACGAAGAUCGACACCGAUUAUUUAUCAGAUUCAGAAAAUCUUAAAAUCAUUCUCAAAUUUUAUCAACAAAAUAUUGAUAACAACAAAAAUGCAAUAAAUAAACUAGCAACAGAUUUACAGAAAAACAACGGUGUCAAGGGACCAUCUUCAAAUGUACUUUCAGAAUUGAAUAAAAUAAAAUCAUCAAUAAAUUCAAACUUCAAUAGUAUUAACAAACUAUUCAAAGAUAUCAACCAGCUGAAAAUUGUAGAUACAGACAUUUAUUCGAUAAUAACAAAUUUAGCUAAUAGUGUCAAACAAUUAAAGAUAGACAUUAAAAACAUCAAUAAAAAUGAUGAGAAUUUAGAAAAAUAUUUAAAAGAAUUUAAAAACGAUGUUUACAAGAAAUUGAACAACUACAAUACAGAUAUCAAAAAGGAAUUAGAUAAAGUUAAACAGUCGUCAGGAUCAAAUGUUAUAAACACGCUUAAUCCAACGAUACAAAGUCUUAACCACAGCAGUACAACCUGCAUAAAUAAAGUAAAUAGUCUCAAAAAAGACACAGAAAUGUCCAUACAACAGCUACAAAAGAACUUGAUGAUCACUCAAGACUCGCUAGAAACAAAUGUCAAGAAGUUUAUAUUGGCCAAUUUAACAAACAUUGAAAUGGUUUUCGGUAGAAAGUUAAACGAUGUUUUAGCAUCUGCAAAUAAAAAAUGCGACAAAUCACUGAAUGAUGUUACCGCCUUUAAGAAUAUGCUUAAGAACGAUCUAGCCAUGCUGGAAGGGAAGCUUGACAAAUGCUCAACUGAUCAAAAGACAACUUCCGAUGAAUUGAAUAAGGCAGAACGAGCUUUAUCAACCAGAAUUUCAUCUUCAGCAAACGAUAUUAAGCAAUUAAAAGAUUCACUCUACAAUUAUGUAAAUAUGUCAAUUUCUAGUCUAACAAAUGCUAACAAUAAGGACUUUUCUAAGGAGCUUGGUGAUCUAAAAAGGAGCCUAUCAGGCAGAUUAUCCAAUGAUGAAUCUCGUUUAAGCGACGUGGAGAAAAAUGUACAAAAGCUUAGGAGCGAUUUCAACCAGAAAAGUAAUUCUCUUGACGCUACUAUCCAGGGCAUUAGAAAGGAUAUAUUAGUCUUACAAGGCCCUAACGAUGAGCUAGCGCUAACAGUGGAGGCGGGCGUUUUGGCUAAAGUUAUACCCUUACUAAACCCUACUCUUAUAACAAAAAACGUUAGCCGUGAAUUAGAUGUUUUAAAAGAUGAAGUUGCCGCACAAUUCGCCAAUUCUAGUAAAACAAUAAAAGAUCUUAAAACAGAAGUAGAUUCCUGCAAGAGAGUUUCUGGAACCAAGUUCAAAGAAAAUGAAAAGAAAAUAGGACAGAUUGAGAAUAAUUUAUCUAGUACACAAAUGAAUCUAAAUGAUCUAUCAGAAAAGUUGAACAAUGGUGUUCUCAAUGAAGUCAAUACUAGAGUAACAUCUGCUCUCAACAAAAGCGCCAAAUGUGAAACCAAAGUAAAGCAACUACAGGAUGAGAUUAAUAAGUUGAGAAAUGAUUUUGAAACGACCGUGGCCAUGCUUAGAGAAGAACAUAAAGAAUUUAGAAAGAAAUUGGAAGCAGAAGACGUUCAAGUUGUGUAAUUUAUAUAAUACCCAGAUAUAAAGUGCAGAUUACCUACAUCUUAUUAUUAGUAUUUUUCUUUUAUUCUGAUACCUGGUUUUCGAUAUCUGACUAUUGCUUAUCGAUCUUUUAUUUGCUCUUUCCUUUUUAUAUGUUAAUCUACUUAAACCUUAUGCUUCAAAUUGUUCAAAUAUUUUAUUAUCAUAUUAAUCGUCGAAAACACAAUCCAAGGAAAUAAAUCGAAAUAGCACAGCAUCUGAAAACCAUUUCUUUUACUGGAAAUAUGUUUAAAUAAAAAUUAUAUUAAUUUAUAUAUUUUAUGUGUGUCUGUUUUUAUAGAUUUUUAAUAAAGCAGUAUUGUUUUAAA